UUCGGUGCAGCUCCUCCUCAUAUCGGAGCGCCCCUCAUAUUGCCAUGACCGCCUCGGGCCCGCCCUGUGCCUGUAAGAGCCGUCAAACGGCGCCUGGCUGGGAUGCACCAACUAAGUGUCCAUCCCAUCUACUGUACUACUGACUUGGCCAUCCGUCCAUCCAUCCAUACUCGUAGUCACGGACAUGAUACACCCUCCAUGGCAUUCCUCAUUCCGGCGCAUCCACCUCCGGACCUGCAACACUGGCAACCUGAUGCUUAGUGCCGCCGAGGCCAGACGCAGUGUUGC